AUUGAUUCUUUUAAUGACCACACAGCCAGGCUGGUGGAAUUUGUUGUCAGCUUGGUACAGGUUCCAACUUACAAAACAUAUAACACAGAUAUACAUACAGAAAUACACACUACACAAUACAUAAGGGCCAUGCUUAAUCCUUAACGUUCCGAGUUAAGAAAGUUUAUUGCAGUUGGGAUGAAACUGUUUUUUAACCGGGUUGUUCUGGAGGCAAUCGUCCUGUAACGCCCCCCAGAGGGCAGUGGCUGGAAGGCAUUAUGGCUGGAAGGAUUUCUAUUGUCCCCCAUUGCUCCACCGAGACACACCCCUCUGCCUUCACUCCUUCCUUCGCUGUAAUCUCUGCCACUUCCUUCACCUCCUCCGUCAGACACUGCUCCAUUCGUGUUGACUGCCCAGAGUCCACGGAUUUGAUCUCAGGAAAAUAACCUCCACCUCCACCUCCAGGCACCCGCAUCAGCAGCGAUCGCCACGCAGGCCACUCCCUUCUCGACCGCAUUCUUCUGCGGGUUGAGACAUGUCCCUGUACAGCUUCGGCCUGGAGCCCUUGUCCUGCCACGCCUGGAACAAAGACAAGACGCAGCUCGCGGUCAGCCCCAACAACAAUGUUGUAAGCAUUUAUCAAAAGAACGGCAAAGAAUGGGACAAGACUCAGGAGCUGACUGAGCACAGUGGACGCAUCACUGGAAUCGACUGGGCCCCCGAGUCCAACCGCAUCGUGACGUGUGCCUCGGAUCGUAACGCCUAUGUCUGGAGCCUGAAGGACGGGGUCUGGAAGCCCACGCUGGUGCUGGUCCGGAUCAACCGGGCGGCGACCUGCGUCAAGUGGUCGCCCCUGGAGAACAAGUUCGCUCUGGGCAGCGCCGCGCGACUCAUCUCCGUCUGCUACUUCGAGAAGGAGAAUGACUGGUGGCUGAGCAAGCACAUCAAGAAGGCCAUCCGCUCCACCGUGCUUAGCCUGGACUGGCACCCGAACAACAUCCUGCUGGCUGCCGGAUCCUCCGACCUGGACUGCAGGGUGUUCUCGGCCUACAUCAAGGACAUCGAGGACAAGCCGGGGCCCACGGCCUGGGGGGCCAAGAUGCCGUUCGGGGAGCUGCUGCUGGAGCAGAAGGACUGCGGGGGCUGGGUCCACAGCGUCUCCUUCUCCCCCAGCGGAGACCAGCUGGCCCUGGUGACCCACAGCAGCAGCCUGGUGGUGGUGGACGCAGCGCACGGCAAGGAGGCAACCCCACUGACCACAGACCGUCUGCCUCUGAUGAGCGUGCUCUACGUUAGCCCGACUGAGAUUGUGGCUGCUGGCCACGACUGCGUCCCGUACCAGUUCUCCUACCAGGGACCCGGCCAGCUGAGCUUCGUCAAGAAGCUGGACAUCCCAAAGCAGGCGUCCAAGGGCAGCAUGUCCGCCAUGCAGCACUUCCGCAACCUGGACAAGAGGGCCACCGACGACGACAUGAACGACCUGAACGCCCUGCACCAGAACAGCAUCACCAGCUGCGUGUUUAUUCUGGGGAGAGAGCCAGGAUUGAGAAGUACAGCAGCGUGUCCCUCGAUGGAGCCAUGGUCGUAUGGGAGUUUAAGCAUUGAUACAAAGGUUGGUUCAAUUUCUUGAAGAUAAGGACUCAUGAAUCUACCGGUAUUGUCUUGAGACACAUCCAGGUCCUCUUCAUCACAACACUCCCAAGACAAGCAGCUCCUCAACGGGUCUUGUUAUUGAAUGACUUCUCUUUGUAAAAGGUGCAAUAAAGAAACUUGAUUCUA